AUGGAGAACAGAAGUGCAGAGACAACGAGGGAGAUCAAGAGGCAAGUACUCUUUCUGUUCCUAUUCUUGUCUUUGUUCUGUCAAGCGCUGUCUCAGCCGAUUCACUAUUCAAUUUUAGAGGAAACAGAAAAGGGCUCUCUUGUGGGGAAUCUUGCAAAAGAUUUGGGGUUGGAUGUGACAGAGUUGUCCAAAUUCAAGCUUGGUGCCUCUUCAGAAAAGCAAUAUUUCACUCUUAAUGAACAAAAUGGCAAUCUGUAUGUGACUGACAGGAUAGACCGGGAAGAAAUUUGUGGGAAAUCACCCUCUUGUGUCUUAAAAUUUGAAGCUGUGGUUCACAGCCCUUUGAAUGUAUUUCACAUACAAGUUUUUAUCAAAGACAUCAAUGAUAAUGCCCCACAUUUCCAGAAAGAAAAUAUUGAACUUAAAGUGAGUGAAUCAAGUCUGCCAGGGGCUCUGUUUGUCCUUGGAAAUGCUGAAGACAAGGACAUUGGAGUCAAUUCUCUUCAGAACUAUCACUUGAGCCCAACUCCGUAUUUUAAACUAGAAAUUAAAGAGAGCAAGGAUGGGGGCAAAUAUGCAGAAUUAGUAUUGCAAAAACAACUGGACAGGGAAAGAGAACACACACUCCACUUGGUCCUUACAGCUCUGGAUGGGGGAGAUCCAAUAAGAUCCGGGACAGCAAAUAUACAUGUUACUGUUACUGACAUCAAUGACAAUCCACCAGUUUUUGGCCAGGAAACCUACAAAGUAAGCCUAAAGGAGAAUACACCCAAAGGUACUUCUGUAGUUCAAGUUAAAGCAUCUGACAGUGAUGAAGGAUCAAAUGCUGAAAUCACAUACACUUUCAGCAGCAUCCGAGAAAGUAGCCUAGAGAAAUUCAACCUGGAUCCACAUGAUGGAACAAUUACACUUAAGGAGAUGAUUGAUUUUGAAGACAGUCAAAGUUAUAUGGGAAUAAUACAGGCCAUUGAUGGGGGUGGUUUAGUGACACAUUGCAAGCUGGAGAUUGAGGUUUUAGACCUGAAUGACAAUCCUCCUGAAGUGAUACUUACUUCCGUAUCCAGUCCAAUUCCUGAAGACUCCAUGCCUGGAACUGUUAUUGCUUUGCUGAAGGCUCAUGACAAGGAUUCUGGGGAGAAUGGGGAAGUCACUUGCCAUCUCAGAGACCUUGUACCUUUCCAGAUAGUUUCAUCUUCAGAUAAUUACUUCAAACUCCUCACAGAUGGUUAUCUUGACAGAGAAAAGAUCCCGGAGUAUAACAUUACCAUCACAGCCACAGACAAAGGUAUCCCUCCUCUCUCCACAUACAAAACCAUCUCCCUACAGAUCUCCGAUAUCAAUGAUAACCCUCCAGCCUUUGAAAAGUCUUCCUAUACUGCCUAUGUACUAGAGAACAACCCGUCUGGAUCUUCCAUUUUCAGUGUCAAGGCCUCUGACCCAGAUGAGGAUCGCAAUGCACAAAUCACUUACUCCAUCCUCAAGAGCAACAUUGAGGACCUGCCCCUCUCUUCCUACCUCUCUAUUAAUUCUGAGACUGGCACCAUUUAUGCGCAGCGCUCCUUCGACUAUGAGCAAUUCCGGGAGUUUCAGAUUCAAGUGCAGGCCCAAGAUGGAGGCUCCCCAUCACUCAAUAGCAGCACCACAGUGAGAGUGUGUAUCCUGGAUAGGAAUGAUAACACUCCGCAGAUCCUCUAUCCUUCCCAAGGAAGUGACAGUUCGUCUUUGUUUGAGAUGGUGCCUUGGACGGCUGAAUCAGGUUAUCUGGUGACCAAAGUGGUGGCAGUGGAUGCUGACUCUGGACACAAUGCCUGGCUCUCUUUCCACCUGCUGCAGGCCACGGAGCCCUCUCUUUUCACCAUUGGGUCCCACACAGGAGAGAUCAAAACAGCUCGAGCAUUACUUGAGAGGGAAGUUGUGAAGCAGAGGCUGGUCAUUAUGGUGAAGGAUAAUGGGCAGUCUCCUCUCUCAGCAACUGUGACGCUGAACCUCGUCUUUGCUGAGAACUUCCAGGAGGCUCUUCCAGAAAUGAACACCCAGCCCAGUGACUCAGACUCUCAGUCUGAUCUCCAGUUUUAUUUGGUUCUGGCUUUGGCCUUGGUGUCCUUCCUGUUUCUUGUGACAGUAACACUGACCAUUAUGAUGAAACUCCGACGGUCAAGGCACCCCACCUUCCUUCAGUGCUUUAUUCCUGAUGCAAAGACUGGCACCAUUUUCCCUCCCAAUUAUGAGGAUGGAACUUUACCGUAUUCAUAUCAGGUCUGCUUAUCUUCGGAAUCUAGGAGAAAUGAGUUAACGUUCCUGCAGCCCACUGUCCAAAUAGCAGAGAAUAUCCUCUGUAAUGUAAAAUCUGAUAUUUCCCUGAUGAUGAAUGGAGAAAACAAUGUGGAUGGUGAAAUAGAAAAUGUGGAGAAGCACAACCCUGCACUAGCUGCACCAAUAUGCAAGUCCCAAGCCAAGAAACAAAGCACACCGGCAUCAGUGACUCUCUUAAUUUUAGAUCAGAGUGACAAUGCCCCCUGUGUCUUAUACCCUUUGAUGCCUACUGAUGGCUCUACUGGAGUAGAGUUGGCACCACUUUCCUCUGAGCCUGGAUAUCUGGUCACUAAGGUGGUGGCAGUGGAUGCAGAUUCUGGCCAGAAUGGCUGGCUGUCCUAUCUGUUACUCAAGGCCACAGAGCCAGGGCUCUUCACUAUUAGGACUCCAUACUGGAGAGAUCAGGCCAGCCCAUUUCUUUCUGACAAGGAUGCUCUCAAGCAAAGCCUGGUAGUUUUAGUGAAGGACAAUGGGCAGCCCUCUCUCGCUGAGUCAGUCACGGUCACCGUGGUGCUGGUCGACAGCAUCCCUGAUGUCUUGACAGAUCUGAGCAGCAUCUCCGCUCCAGCAGACCAACAGUCGGACCUCACCUUCUACCUGGUGGUUGCUGUGGCUUUUGUCUCUUGUUUGUUUUUCGCCUUUCUUCUUGUGUUAUUGGCACUCAGACUUCACAAAUGGCUGAAUUCUCAGUUAUGCGAUUCUGGGAGCGUGAAUUUCAGUGGCGUCCCAGUUUCCCAGUUUAUGGGGAUUGAUGGAGUUCGAGCAUUUCUUCACUCCUAUUGCCAAGAGGUUUCUCUCACUCCAGACUCUAGAAAAACCAAUACACAUUUUCCAAGAGAUAAUUCCAAUACACUAACUAAUGAACAGAUAGAGGAACCCAUCCUCAUUGGCGAUGACAUUGGUUCUGGGAAUCAGGCAUUUGUCCAGAUAGGACUUGAGGGCUUCACUUGCAGUUCUGUGUCUGGGCCUCAUAGUGUCACUGUUGGCCAACCUAGAUGGAGGUCCACAGUUGCCUUCCUCCUCCCUUUACGCAAUACAGCUACAGAAAAAACAGACCACAAACAGUAG